ACGAGCCCUCCGAAGUAUAUGUGGUCAUCUCCAGAGGACCACUUUGGCCUUCUUGGAGACCAGUUCAAAGUCAAGUGCAUCUUCUCUGGAAACCCGACACCAGAUGUACAUUGGGAGAGGGCUGAUGGUACACCCAUCCCUGAUCGGAUCAAAAUACAAGCUUUUGGGAUGGAACUGUUUAUUGAUAAACUACAGUUUGAGGACGCUGGAACUUAUGAAUGUUGGGUCGCAAGUCAAAGUAAACGAGUUCAGAGAACUAUCUCAGUCCGUGUGGAAUCUGUACCUUACUGGCUGCUGGAGCCAAAGGAUGUAGAAAUUGGAGUUGGGGGCACAGCACAGUUCGACUGCUUGGCAAAGGCUGUACCACCCCCAGAGUACUUCUGGUUCAUUAAUGGAGUCCCCUUCGAACAUGUGAGGGACAGCAGGAUCACCCCAGACCGCUUCAAGCGCCCACGUCCUGACCGCAUAGUGUUUGAAAAUGUCAACAGGGAGGAUUCCAUGGUGAUCCAGUGCAAUGCCACCAACAAACAUGGUUAUAUUUGGGGCGAUGUUUACUUGAAUGUGCUUUCGGAAGCUCCAACAAUCCUUACUCCUCCAGACCAGCUAAAGGUUGUGGCGGAGGGAACGUCUGUAAACCUGACCUGCAGGGUCGCGGGCAAGCCAGACCCUAUCGUCACGUGGUACAGAGACAACCAGCAGAUCAGUGGUGGGAGGUAUAAGAUCAUGCCCACAGGAGACCUUUAUAUAAAAAAAGUAGUGCUGUCAGAUGCGGGGCUGUACACAUGUGAGGCUAAGAAUGUCUACAACACGACCAGCAGUUCUGGGAAACUAUUGGUGAGGCGCAAGACGGUGAUAGAACAGAGGCCUCUGGACCUGGAGGUGAACGCAGGGAAUGAUGCAAAACUAAGUUGCUCUGGAACAACUGACCCAGCAGAGGUGGACAAGCUGCAAAUAAAAUGGCUGAAAGACAACAAGGAACUCUCAUCAACUUCGGAUAGAAUAACUACCAACAAGCAAGACAACUCCUUGACAAUAUCGGGAACCAUUGUAAGAGAUUCUGGAUCAUAUACCUGUGUUGUGACCAACGGCUUAGAUCGAGACGAGGCAUCUGCGAUGGUAAUUGUCAAAGACAGACCUGAUUCUCCAACUGAUGUGAACGUAGUCAAGUGUACCAACCAUUAUGCAACAAUUAGCUGGACACCAGGCAGCCUCAACAAUGCACCUGUUCAGUAUUUUGUAGUCUUAUACAACACAAACUUUAGCCCGGAUAAAUGGAUGUUUGGAGCAAAGGUGGAGUCCUCCGAAAUUGAGUUUAACUUCAGUAUGACUCCCUGGGUUACCUACUCCUUCCGUGUCAUCGCCUACAACAAAAUUGGAGAGAGUGACCCCAGCGCCCAUAGUCCAACUGGCUGCAAAACUAAACCAGAUCGCCCUCAAGCUCAUCCCCAGAAUCUUCGGACCAUUGGAGACAGACCUGGUCUCCUUCACAUAGAAUGGACACCAGUGCCAGAGAUCCAGCACAACGGGCCUGGCUUUCAGUACAUACUGCAGACUAAGCGUGAAGGAUAUGAAAACACCGUUCAACAAAUUCCAAUCGAUGAUUGGAGAACGAGAGAGAAGUUUAUUACAGUUGGAGACCAGAUUUAUGAACCAUACAUUAUCACCAUGAGAGCCAAAAACAGCAUUGGUGAUGCUCUGCACGACCCUCCCACAAUUCGAGGCUUUACAGCCGAGUCAAUUCCCAAUAUUGUGCCCGAAGCUUUGCAGGCAGAGCUGGUGGAAGACACCUAUGCAGUGCUAACAUGGGAUUUUGACUAUCAACAAAUUAACAAAACACCCACAGCCAUCAAUGGAGAGUUCCGUGGAUUUAAAAUUCACUUUUGGCAGAGAGGGUACAAAGAAAACACACUCAGGGAGUGGAAUGUGUCGCCACAGGAUGCCCUUGCCUCGCGAGUAGGCAGACAGUUCCGAGCAACGAUCCACCAACUUCUGCCACAAACCACUGUAGAGGCACACAUUGCUGUGAUGAACAACUACUAUGUCUCGCGGCCAACAGAUGUCCUGACAUUCCAGACAAAGCCAGGGCUCCCUGGACCAGUGGCUUUGUUCCGACCAAUCAACAUUGGAGACAACCAUGUUAACUUGGAGUGGAAGCCACCAGAUGAAAAUCGUGGAGAUAUUUUAGGAUAUGACAUUGGAUAUCAGCUUGUGAACGGGCUUGACCUUGGUGAGAUGCAAGAGCGAGAGCCUCAGAUUGGAGAUCCCUACACCAGCACCGCCAUAGUGAGCGGCCUCUUGUCCACCAAGAAGUACCGCAUCCACAUCUGGGCUCGCACCACAAAAGGUCGGGGCGAGAGCUACUUCAUCGAGAUCUUUACGACAGCCGGUGGUGACCUUCGAACUCCGCGCUUUUCGAUCACUGAUGUCGGGCAUGACUACAUAAAUGUUUCUUGGUGGAUAAACCCAUACGCCAAGUCAGGCACCGUUAUCUUUGUGGAGUAUAAAAGGGAAGGCGCACCAGAAUGGAGAAGAUCAAUAGACGAAGUCAUCUCAACCUCGAAGGACAUUAAGGGACUGGAACCAGGGACUACCUAUGAACUUCGUGUUGUAGCCACCACCGGUAAUGCUUCACGGGCCUCAAGCACGGAACGAGUGCGAACCCACGGAACAGCUAUUGCCUAUGCACUGAAUGGCAACUUCGGCUGGUUUGUGGGGAUGUUGUUAGCUUUCAUCUUAUUCAUCGCCCUCAUCGCCCUCUUCAUCUUGUUGUUUCGCAAAGGAAAGAGAUUUAAGCGGAAGGCUUCCACCUCUAGCUCACACUAUGGAGAUGAUGCUACAAAUUAUAUCGACACACCUACAUGUUCGCCAGAAGCUCGUGGGUACAGCAAUGAUUACUAUGAAAGGAAGGAAUAUGAUGAUGACAGAUACUACGACUACGACAGUAAAGAGAAUCACACAGAUGAUUACUUUGAUGAUCGCCAUCAUGACUCUGAUGAUGACAGGGGUGGAUACGAUGACCGUGACUACAGAGACAGGGAUUACUCCCGUGACUCCGAUGAAGAUAGUGAAAACCAUGCCAAGAACUACCCAAAGAGUAGAAAAAGACGAAUAUCUUCCCAUGCACAUUAUGAAGAGUACGAACGCAGCCCCUCUGCAAGCUAUGACCCCGACGUCGAAUGAACCAACCCCCUUUGACCCCCAUGGCACACAUAAGGAUAAUAGGCUGCGAAAUUAUUCUCGCGGAGGUGGACCCCCUGCCUCCCUGCCUCUUCCACUUUUGAGUAGAAAAGCACUGCAUGGAUUAUUACAAUCAGUCCCUGAACCAUAACCCUGGCACUAAAGAAAUCGUCGUCGUCGUUGUCGUUGUUGUUGUUGUUGGAUAUGAAUGGAAAGUGUAUCUUCCAAGGAGGGAUUUAUAAGCGGAUAAAGAUGGCGGUGGCCAGGGGUAGGGUCAUCCGUUACACGGUGUCGCCCAGGUUUUUUAUGCUUUAACUCUUUCGACUGAUGUUACAGUUAGUUUUCAUCACCUUUUUCUCUGUUUUAAAAUCUGGCUGCAGGCUACAAUAUGAUCUGACAUUUUCUGAAUAUCUUCCCAAAUGUGGGAAAUCUGUUCAAAUAUAUGGCUUUGGUUGUCAUAUUUUAAUAAAAUAUCUAGGUUGGCAUUUAUAUCUAGUGAUUCCAGACGUCUGUGCCGCUCUUUCUCUCUGGAUUGGAUACUAGUGCCAUUACCUUUUUUCGAUUGUUUUGGUCUCCAACUUGUGAUUAAUGCAUUCAAAUGCUUUUAGCAUCAAUCUGUCCACCACACUUAAUGUGA